GGAACAUUAAUUUGUAAUAAAAAGUGAUUAAAAACUGACAUCUAUCUAGCAAAUCAGAGAGAGAGAUGACACUUAAGUAUUAAUUAAGACCAGAUUUUCAAAAGCAGAAAACACAGUUAAACUCCAACCCAAAAUCGCUAUAUAAACAGCAUCCACCACUUCCAAUUAUCUUCACCUUUGUGUAAACCAAACCAAACCAAACGAGAGACUAACUCUAAAAACAAAACUAACCAAAGCUUUGUUCCUACUAAAGAAGAGCUCAAGAAAAUGGGUAUCAUAGUUCCAGUUCUGACUCUUGUCUUCCUCUUACUUACCACAAUGAGCCAUGCUGCCUCCAAACCGAGGAUGAUUCUGGUCGGCGGAUCUGCACAGGCAUGGAAGGUUCCAGAUUCUCCAGGCAACACUCUAAAUCACUGGGCUGAGAACAAUCGUUUCAAACUCGGAGACAUUCUCGUGUGGAAGUACGACGCGAAAGUUGAUUCGGUGUUACAAGUUACAAAAGAAGAUUAUGAUAGUUGUAACACAGCAAAUCCCUUGAAGCAAUUCAAUGAUGGAGACACAAAGUUCGAGCUAGACAAUUCAGGAGCUUACUUCUUCAUCAGUGGUGCUCCUGAUCACUGUGCUAAAGGCCAGAAGAUUCAUCUUGUUGUAUUGGCUGAACGCAAUCCUGGUGGUGGUGGUGGUGGUAGCGCUGACCGCGGCGCCGGUGACAAUCCUAAGGUUACUCCUGUUAGUCCUCCGGCUAACACUCCAGCUCCAGCUCCAGCCCAUAACGCUGCGGGUGGAUUGAAUGUUGGAAGCGGUUUGUUCUUGGUCGCGGUUGCGAUUGGCUUGGCUAUGGCUUAGAGAGAUUGAUCGAGAGAAUGUAGCGUUUAUUGUUUUAAAAUUUUAGCAGCAUUUUUUCUUCAGAUCGUUAAAUUUUCUUUUGUUCCUUGUUUUAUCAACAUAAAAGACCUCUCUCUCUUUUGAUUU